CUGGCUCGGUGAGGCCUACUGGGCCAUGCGCGUUCUAGGACCCCAACUCUGAGAUCAGAACGCAGGAGCCUGGGCUUGAGCGGGGUCCCCAGGGGCCCCAAGGCGGGGAGGGCGUGUCUGAGGACUCUGUCCCUAAACCUGGAGGGGAGGGUAAGGGAGGACAGUGUGAGGUGGUCUUCGAGAAAGAUCCCCUUCCCGAAUUACCGAACUUUUCUCAGGAUACGUCUUCUGCCCCGACUUCUCCAGACUGCGAGGCUAAAAAAUUGCACCACAGAUUUUACCCAAUCCCUUCCCCCAGGCUUUGCUUGUGGGUUUUUUUUUUUUUUUUUUUCUUACACAUUCCCCAUCUCCCGGGUGCGGCCCCUGGAUCCCGGACACCCCCCAGAUCAGCUGCUUUUCACUGUUUUCCUUGCCCAUGAAGCUCAUCUUUGGGCUGCGUUUGCUUAUACAGAAAGUUUCUUUAGCUGAAUUUUUCUCUUUAAUACUUCCCAAUCCUAAACUAAAUCUACAUAUAUUUUCUCUCCCACUCUCUGGAGGCCCGCACGGUGGAACUUUUUGGGGCUUACAUUUUUACGGGUCCCAGAGCCACUGGGCCUAACUUUGGCGGAGUUGUUUCCUCGCUCCCACUCUAGUUCCUAGAGCUAUUCUUUCUGCUCCUGGUUUUUCUCUCCAACGCUUCUGUCCCAACCUGCAUUAAAAACAAAAAGAAACAAAACUCUGGCCCAACCAGCUCAACUCUGCAACUCCGCCUCUCUCUCCUUCCCUUCACCCUUCAACCUAACUGACCGUUUUGCUCCCGGUUUUCCUGUUUUGCCCUUGGCAUCUUCCUAACUUCUGGGCCAAAACUGUCUCUCUAAUCCCAGUCCCGUCAAACUAACAUUUCUCUAGCCCGUCUCACCCCAAUUAGGCUAAACUUUAGAGAAUCAUCUUUCCUUUUUCAAAUGCUCAUUACAUCCAUCCGAAUCAGUGACUUUCACACUUUACAUGUCACUUUAUUUUUUUUCCAGCGGAAUCACUGAUUCAGACAAAAUCUAACCCCCAGCGUGUAAAGCAGGUCUAAGAGCAGCCGUGGGGAGUCUAGGGAGGAGGCGCUCGGGCUCUGGAGGAGGUUCCGACUGCUCCUUUUCCCAGCAAUUCGGGCCCCGCUAGCCCAGCCUCUGCUGCCCAAAUUUCCCUUUCCAACUUGGGUUCCUCAAGGCUGAGCUUCAGCCUAUCGCGCGGUGUGCUCCUCACCGGGGUUUCUUCCCUCUCCCACCUUCUUUCCCAUCAGGUCGUGUCAUGGAGCUGCGCUCGGAGCUGCCCAGCGUGCCCGGCGCGGCGACGGCGGCAGCGGCUACAGCGACGGGGCCGCCUGUGGCGUCGGUGGCGUCGGUGGCGGCGGCCGCGGCGGCCGCCGCAUCACUACCGGUGAGCGUGGCAGGCGGCUUGCUGCGGGGGCCGCCGCUGUUGCUGCGGGCAGCCGAGAAGUACCCGCGGACCCCCAAGUGCGCACGCUGCCGCAAUCAUGGCGUGGUGUCUGCACUCAAGGGCCACAAACGCUACUGUCGCUGGAAGGACUGCCUGUGCGCCAAGUGCACGCUCAUCGCGGAGCGCCAGCGUGUCAUGGCGGCGCAGGUGGCGCUGCGCAGGCAGCAGGCGCAGGAAGAGAACGAGGCGCGCGAGCUGCAGCUGCUCUACGGCACUGCCGAGGGGCUGGCGCUGGCCGCCGCCAACGGCAUCAUCCCCCCGAGGCCCGCCUACGAGGUCUUCGGUUCAGUGUGCACCGCCGACGGCGGGGGACCUGGAGCGGGAGCGCCCGCGGGGACUGGAGGCGGAGCCGCGGGCGCAGGGGGCGCAGAGGCCAAGUUGCAGAAGUUUGACCUGUUUCCUAAAACGCUGCUUCAGGCAGGCCGCCCAGGCAGCCCGCAGCCACCGCCGGUGAAGCCCUUAUCACCCGAUGGCGCAGACUCGGGGCCCGGAACGUCGUCCCCGGAGGUGCGGCCCGGCUCAGGCUCGGAGAACGGCGACGGCGAAUCCUUUUCUGGUUCGCCCCUAGCUCGGGCCUCCAAAGAGGCAGGUGGCAGCUGCCCAGGCAGUGCUGGCCCUGGCGGCGGCGAGGACGACAGCCCGGGCUCCGCUAGCCCUCUGGGCUCUGAAUCAGGUUCAGAGGCCGACAAAGAAGAGGGUGAGGCCGCGCCGGCGCCCGGGCUGGGCGGAGGCCCGGGUCCACGGCAGCGGACGCCGCUGGACAUCUUGACCCGCGUCUUCCCAGGCCACCGGCGAGGCGUCCUGGAGCUGGUGUUGCAGGGCUGCGGCGGCGACGUGGUGCAGGCCAUAGAGCAGGUGCUGAACCACCACCGCGGGGGCCUGGCGGCCGGCCUGGGCCCUGCGGCGCCCCCAGAUAAGGUCGCUGUGGGUGCCGCAGCAGCUGCAGACGACGCGUGGCCGGGCCGUGUCGACGCCUCCGCCGCCGGAGGGCCCGGGCUGCCUGCGCCGCUGCAGGCCGGGCCCGCCGCACCGCCGCACCACAGACCCUUGCUGGCGAGCGCCAUGGCGCCUGGGGCGCUGGGCUCCUUGAGCAGCCGUUCCGCCUUCUCGCCGCUGCAGCCGAACGCCAGUCACUUCGGUGCGGACGCGGGCGCCUACCCGCUGGGCGCGCCGCUCGGCCUCAGCCCGCUGCGCCUGGCCUACUCGGCGGCGGCGGCGCACAGCCGCGGUCUGGCCUUCAUGGCGCCCUACUCUACCGCCGGCCUGGUGCCCACGCUCGGCUUCCGCCCGCCCAUGGACUACGCCUUCAGCGAUCUCAUGCGCGACCGCUCCGCCGCCGCUGCGGCAGCUGUGCACAAGGAGCCGACCUACGGCGGCGGCCUGUACGGGCCUAUGGUCAACGGUGCUCCGGAGAAGCAGUAGGGCGAGGGGCCUGGCAGCUGGCCGGUCCCCAAACAGAAACCCUAGUCCUGUCCCCGCGAGUCGCCUACCCCUCUUCGCCCAGCGCGGCUUCUGCGCCCUGGCUGGGGUCCUCUCACUCCAAGGUGGUUUUGGGGUUUUGUUCUGGAGGUGGAUGGGGAAGGCUGAGCAAAGGGGGAGCAGCUACGGACAGGUGCAGGUGUUCUCGGAGUGGGUGCGCCACCUGGGUCCUCAUCUUCCACCCAAAGAGGCUUGACCGCUCUUCAAGCCUCCGCAGCCCCCUUUCCAAAAGGCCGGGAAUUUAGGAGAAUUAAGAGGCUGCGACAGCAGCGCAGGGUCCUGCGGCUCCUUAGCUGUGCUCAUCCGGUUCUCGGUGGAUGGCGGGAUAAUCUGAGAGUCUUUUCUGUGUCUCCCCAGCCCCUACUUUAAAAAAAUUUAAAUGUUCACUCUAACAAAUAUAAAUUUAGGAUGUAUAAAUCUCUUGGCACUGAGUUGAGCCUUUGGGACACACGUAUAUAUCGAUACAAUUGUAAAAAAAAAAAAAAAAAGGAAAUGAGUUCUAAGGUGCACUUUCCUUGUUGCGGUAUUUGUCGCUCUCUUUGUUGCUUAUGCCGAUAAGCAUGGGUUUCCUUGGUGCAGUGUGUUUUUAUAUAUGUAUAAAUCUAUAUAUAAUCUAUACAUAUAUAUAUACAAGCCAGUGUAAAAUAUUAUAAAAUGGAAUUCUAAGUUAUUAAUUGUAAUCUGUAGGUGACCUCGGUAUUAACGUAAAAAACAUUCAAAAACAAGCAAAAAAAGGACAAAAUGGAAAAAAAUUAGACUGCGCGCAUUGUACUUAUCAGGUUUAUAGAUUAAAUAUAUUGGAAACUCGGGACGAAUCCUGCCCACCUGCCCCUCUUGCCUGCGGCUGGUCUGUCCCUAAGGAGCCGUGAAGGUGCGCGCUGAAGCAGGAACAGAGCGACGUGUGACUGAGCCAGAACCGCCCGCUCGCGGGCCCAUCCUAGCCUCCCGGGACUCGCCAAACGCCCUGACUGAAGGGCCGGCAGCGGAAAACGCUGCUGCAGAGCAGCACUUCGUGCUUUCCUUUGCAUAGAUAUGAGCUAGAAAUAAAUGUUAUUUUCUAAGAAAACAA